AUGAUUGUUGAAAUACAGGAGGAGGUUAGAGGGAAGAGGCCUUUCAAGAUAUGGGACAGUUCUCGGAACGUGAGGAAGGGGCUGGUGGUCACUAGCUUCGAGGAACUUAUACACAGAGGCAAGGAGAAGCUAUCGGUAGCGGCGAGCGAGCCUGUGCGGCUGGUGCUAGAGAGCGACGGAACGCAUGUAGAGGACGGCGAGUAUUGGCGAACGCUACCACCCAACACGGUAUUACUGCUGCUGCGGCCUGGGGAGCGAUGGUACCCCACAGGAGUCGACGUCAUCAAGGCUGCGAUAUCAGCGAUCCCGAAGAUAGUGUGCGAAACGAUCCACGCGCUCGAUCUGCACGAUGAGACGCCUUCAUGGAAGAUCAUGGACAACAAAGGGCGCGUCACGGUGGUGUUGCACUGGGACCAGAGGCCGCAAGCGUCGCCGGCCGCCCGCUCACCCUCGCGGCAAGCCAAGCCGGACCGGCGGCCCUCGCUCGUGAUCCAGACGUCACUGGACCGGCCGCAGCCACCUCCCCCCCACAUCACUGUCGUCAACCACGACGAGCCGGGCCCCGCGCGCGCCCGCCUCACGCGCUCGCCCGGCUCCCUCGAGCAGCACGUGCACACUGUCGACUGCCGCGCGCACGCACACCCGCACCCCCCCGCGCACACCUCCGCGCACCCCGCCGCGCGCCCCCCUCCCGACGAGUGCGACUUCCACUGCUGCGCGCUCCACGAGGAGGGCCGGCGCAUCGCUGUGCACAAGAGCGUUGCCACCUCCCCCAUACAGGACGCGCAGCCACGCGCCUCACCCCAAGGCCGCCCGAAAGGCCACGUCCGCUUCCUCGACGCAGAGUCCACCCGCCGCGGCGACCGCGACUCCUCCGAGAGCGAGACCGAGAACACGCUGGUGGAGGACGAGGCGGUCACCUCCGAGAAGUUCCUACUCCUGAUCGACCAGCUCAGCGUCGACCAGAAGCGCCACCUCACGAUCAAGGACAUCGGCAUCAUCCUCGAGCGGCUCAGCUCGAAGAUCCUUGACGUGGAGCGACUCGACCGCGAGUCAGAGUCGGACGACUGCUACAACUGGACGAUAAAGGCGACCAUUCGCGGCGACGCGAUGCGCGAGCUGGGGGUGAUCUACAACGGGAACUACUACGCGAUCAGCGAGCACCCCGGCUACCGGGAGGAGAAUGAGGAGGCCGGCGACGAGGGCGAGGAGGAAGAGGAGGAGGACCGGCUCUGA